AUGUGGAUAAAGCUCAAGGACAAGGAGACAGGGAGCCCAUACUUUUACAACACGGAGACGGCCGAGCGAACAGAAAAAAGGCCAAACGAAGGCUUUAGGCUGUACCACAUACUGAUAAAGCAUGAGAAGUCAAGAAAGCCUGUGGAUAUGAGCAUCGACGAGGCAUUCUCCAGAAUAAAGGCAAUACAUGAGGAUUUAAGGGCAAAGGCUGGCGACAAGAACUUCAGGGAGCUCUUCAAAGAAGCUGCAAUUAAGCAUUCGCAAUGCUCAUCUGCAAAAAGAGGUGGUGACCUGGGAUUUGUGUGUGGAAAUGAAAUGAUGAAAGAGUUUGAAAAGCCUGCAUUUUCACUUGGAAGGGGGGAAAUGUCAGGGCCUGUGUCUACGCCCUCAGGGUUCCAUAUAAUUUAUCGAAGAUGA